GCGCUGGUCUGCGCACGGCAUUGAUCGAGGUCGCACGGGUUCCCUGCCGCUCGUUUUCUCCUUCACACACUCGCCUUUUCCUCCCGCUUCUACCUAAACUAAUCGCGACAUAUACCCGCGUGCGCGAGCCUCAGUUUGUUGUGUGCCUUUAAUCCCGUUAACGAGGAGACCAACCCCCGAGGGGUCAAAGUUCGCGCCGCGUGUGACGAGAACUACGUACGUCCCGCCGAUCGAGCGCGGACAACUUUGUUUGCACCAAACGACCGGUUGGACGAUUAGUCGUUGUACCGCGAGUGUAACAACAGAGGAAAACAAAGCCACCCGUCGUCAUUGGUGAUGGUGACGAACUAGGCAAGUAUCGGGUGCUGCGAUGUUCAAGCGACUGGCCAAGUCUAAGCGGCACAGCGUCGAGGGGGUCGGUGGCGAACCCAGGCCGCCGAAGGAGUCCUCGUCCUUCUGUACGCCACCCCCGUCGCCGUCGGUCGGAUCCCCGCCGUUCCCGGAGGAGACCCAGAGCGUCGGAGGUGGCGCGAGGGCGCCGAGAGCGAAACAGGCGAGAAGAAGCUGCGGCGACCAGCCUCUGAACCUCAACGUCCAACCGCUGGACAACUACCAGGAUGGACAGGACGAGCCCGACCACCAAUCGGGCCGCAUCACCCGGGUCAGUACCGAGACCGACUAUCAGAUGGUCACCGCGGUCCCGGCCUACAUCGUGGAACACGAGCCGGAAAAACAAAAAGGACUCGGCGUCUGGGGCCGGAGGAUGAGCAAGAAGAUAGACUCCUUCCGGAGGGUCAGCUGCCGCGAGUCCCCCGUUGGGGUGCCGGAAGUCCCGGGUGAAAAAACGCGGCUCUUCAGCCCCCCGCAGCGGUCCGCAUCGCCGUUCAAGUCGUUCUUCAUCAGGAUGGGGUCUACGGGGAUGCUCAACUCCGCCAAGAGCAACCGCAGGUCGCUGCAAAGCGUCGCCGACGAGCAGACCCAGAGCAACCGGAAGUCGAACGGGAUUCAGGCCCUGCGCUCGACUCGGUCCCCGGAGAAGGACCCCCAGGCACCGCUCUUCAGAAGCUGCAGUACCAGCCAGCUGAACACGACCCUGACCUACGUCAAGGGCGACGACCCCUCGGAGGGAAUCGACCUCAGGAUCGGCGGGAAGGAGGGCGGAAAGACCGUGUCCUGCGACAAUCUGGCCGGUCAGCUGCUCGACGAUGUUUUCGAACCGGGAGAACGCGUCCAGGAGAGUCCGAACCCCGGGACGACGUUCUACUCGUGCGACUAUUACGCGGAUGGAAACGCCGACGUUAAUCUCGCGAGGAAAUCGGUAAGCUGCGAUUUCCGCGAGCCGAACUGCGGCAAGGAAUCGAAGGAGCUGGGAAAGAAGAGCAGCUUUCCGUACGCCUUCCUCAGGUCCAAGCUCUCCGUUCUACCCGAGGAACGUCACGCCGUUCCUUCCGCCGUCUCUCAUCGACCGGAAUCGGAUCGACUGUUCAAAACCGUGUCCGAGGAGCAUUUUCCAUCGCUUAUCAGAACCGACGACGCCGUCGAGACGACGACGCUGGGUCGACGCCGAUCACGCCCGGGAGGAACGGCGGCUUCCUACCUCAGAACGGGGGGGCGCAAUUCCUACUCCGAGUACCGGAGCCCCGGCUACGAUCAGCAGACGGAACACGUCGACCUCGCCGACCCGGAAACGGCGCCGACGCUCCGGUCUCAGCGUCGAAAUUCGGCGCCCAGCGCCGAGCAGCGCCUCUCCUCGCACUACGUCAGCUCCAACGAGUCCGGAUACGACAGCGACGGGCCCCGAGGUGAAUCGGCCGCGGCAUCGGAGGCCGAGGCGCUGAGCCUCAACCGCGCCGACAGCUCGGACACGAGCAGCGUCGUCGACUCGGAGAUGGAGAAGCCGACGCGGAGUUCGACGCCGAGCGAGUACCCGGACCGCCCGGAGAGCGGACUCGACGGACUGCGCUGGCACCAAACGACCUCCGGCCGCAUCCUACCCAGCAUAAAUCAGAUCCCGGUUUCCGAGACGGAGGGCCUUGUCGUCGCGUCGCCGCACAGGGCGAGACUCCAGCGGGAGAAGACCAGGUUCCUCGCCGACAUUGUUCAGGGUGGCAACGUCGUCGAGCGAGUCCGGCGUCAGCGUCGAUGUCGGAUGGUCGACCUGGUCAAGAACGAUCCCAACAAGACUCUCGGCAUCAGACUCGCUCGGCAGAGGUCCGACCGACUUCGUUACGUCGUCGUCGAACUCGAGGACAAAGGAAUUGCCCACAGAGACGGAAGACUGAGACUGGGAGACGAGAUCGUCGAGGUGGAAGGUCGUGACCUGGGAACGAUGGAGUCGCUGCAGGCGGUUCAAGACUUUUUGGCGUCGUUCACGGGCAGUAAGAUACAGCUGCUGACGGCGUACGACGAGAACGUUCCUCAGGUCUGUUCCGUCCCGACGCUGCUUCCUGGGGAGACGGAGUACUUCGAGAACGCGAAGACGCUGUCGAACAUCUCGCUCUGCGACGAUCGGGAUCGACGGGUGCCAGUGUCGGGUUCCGGAGUGGUAGACCAUCGUCGACGGCCGGACUUCCUUCCCCUGGAUUCCUCGGCCCCCGAGACGAUCCUGGAAGCGCAUCGGUACCCGACCAGACACGCGGCCCGUUUCGAGAAGGGCUUCGGCCGUCCGAGUCUCGGCUUCAGCGUCGUCGGGGGACGAGACAGCCCCCGAGGUGAAAUGGGCAUCUUCGUCAGGCGCGUGUUUCCCGGGGGCCAGGCCGACGCCUCCAAGUCUCUUCUUCAAGGCGACGAGAUUCUCACCCUGAACGGCAAGGUUCUUCGCGGCUUCACCCAUCGCGAGGUCAUCGAACUCUUCAAGGCCGUCAGGGAAGGGCCCGUGGAAUUGGAAAUCGCGAGGAGACACAGGUACCCCAAAUCACUCCCGGAUUCGUCGACUUACUGAGAAUUAUUGGUCGGUUAUAAUAACUUGACGUAGCAGCUUGUGUUAAUUGUUAUAUAAAAAUUCUUCGCGAACUAGAUUCUAACUUUAUCUAUAUACAAUGUACAUGCGAUCUCUAGUCUCGUCUAACAACGGAUCUUACAAUUAGAUUUACCAACUCGGCUCGCGUUUCUUAUUUUAUUCUCAUAGAUACGUUUGUGUAUAUUUAAUUUAUUGAUUAUUAUUCCUAUGAUAUAUUAUAUAUUUGUAUAGAUGAAUUUUACGUCGGUCUACACGGAGUCUGAAAUAAUUAGGAGAUUUCAACUUUCACCUGAUUCACGUUUCUAAUUUUAUCCAGAUGUUUUAAUUUUAAAUGUAUUUUAUAACGGAUAUAUUAUGUGUAUAUAUAUAUAUAUAUUGAGAAAAAAAUGUUUUAUAUUCUGGUAUUUACGAAACACUGCACUAAACACACACGCACGCACACCGGCAGGCACACAAACGCAUAAACGCGAUAUUUACUGUUAAUAAAAGAACAUGCAUUGUCA